AUGUUUGAUUUUAAUCUAAGAUUAUUCAGCACAUUUUUAUCGUCUCGUCCAGACAAAUCACCUCAUCAUUACUUACAUUUUAGUAGAGUUGGACAAAAAAUAGAAUAUUGGGAGAAUCAUGGUCAGUCUUCUAAUAUUACUACUACAUCUACGACUGCGACUCCUCCUCCUACCCCUCCUACUCCUCCUCCCCCUCCUACUACUACUAAUAUUACUACUACUACUACUACACCUACGACUACUACUACUACUGCUACUACUGCUAAACCUACAACAACAACAACAACUACUACUACUACUACACCUACGACUACUACUACUAUGACUACUACUACUACACCUACGACUACUACUACUACAGCUACUACUACUACUACUACUACUACUACUACUACGACUACUACUACUACUACUACUACUACUACAGCAAGCCAAUAUGAAAACACGUUCUCGGACAUAUAUAGAUACCAGAAAAAGAUGGAUCUGUUAAAAGUACUGGAAACAUACAAAGAAACUUUAAAGAUGGAUGAAGAGAAUUUAAGAAAUACGAAAAAACAAAUUGGAAUGGUGACAUAUCAAAUCAAUGAAAAACUUUCAAUGAAAUCACUAUCAAUUAAUCAAUAUGUGGAUUGUAUGGAAAAAGUUCUAGAAGUUGAUAACGGUAUUAAGCAAAUGCAAGAUUUCAUACAUACGAUGGAUAAUAUCGAAAGAAGAUAUCAUGUAGUGAAUUCGAAAGCACCCGAAUGGAAAAAGUGUUAUCGGAAACAAUUAAGAAUUUAUCGUAGUAAGUUGCCUGAAGUUAAAAAGAGAAGGUGCAAUUCAUAUCUAAAAUCUGGUCGAAAAGCUGUUAUCGAUCUUAUGAGCCUAAUGAAAUCACAACGCACCUACAUUAAUCAAUAUAAUACCGAUUUGUUAGCACAUCAGUUUCUUUUAGAAAUUAUCAAUGAGAUUUACAUUCCACCAGAAACGAGUCAUCUAUCUCCAGUUGAUGCAUUCAAAAGAUGA